AUGUCAACAUGCAUUCCAUUGCCAGUAUCAAAUGUAUUUAAUUCUAAAACAAUCAAAUCUGCCGUAUAUGAUUUUGUUACGGAUUAUGAAACUCCAAAAAUUGUUACUAUUCGAAGUGCAAAAUUUACUUUAUUACUACGUAUAAGUCAAGUUAUUAUUUUACUUUACGGCGUCUUAUAUUUAUUGUUGUACCAGAAAGGUUAUCAAAAACAAGAUUCGUCUAUCGUAUCAUCUGUAACAUUAAAAGUAAAAGGCAUUGGUUAUGUUGAAUCGUUAAAAAAUCAAACAACAAUUAUCGAUGGUACCGAUUAUGUUAUACCACCAUUAGAAAAUGCUGCUGUAUUUAUCAUGUCCUGUUAUAUACGAACUGAACAGAAACGUAUGACAUGUGAAGAAUCAAAAUAUAUAGAUAAUGCACAUUGUACAAGAAAUGAGCAAUGUGUUGCAAAUAAUUAUCAAUUUCUUCAUACUAAUGGACGAUGGACUGGACGGUGUUUAAUACGAUUAAAUCAAACCGUUGGUUUAUGUGAAAUAGAGGGCUGGUGCCCGGUGGAGGAUGAUCUUGCUCAGCGAGAAUUAAUUGAAGGGGUACUCAAUUUUACUAUAUUUCUAAAAAAUUUUGUCGAAUUUCCUGGAUUUAAAGUUAUUCGUAAAAAUUUUCAUGAUAAUAUGUCACCGUGUCUUUAUCAUGAUAUUCAUGAUAAAUCGUGUCCAAUAUUUCGUUUAUCAACAAUAAUUGAAUCAGCUGAAACCGAUCAAGCUGAACGUGAAUUAAUGUUAAAAUUUGGUGGUGUAAUUAAAAUUAAACUAAACUGGGAUUGUAAUUUUGAUUUUAAUGUUAAAAAGUGCGUUCCAGUAUAUUCGUUUGGAAGAUUGGAUGCAAAAUUUAAAGCUGAGAACUUUUCAAAAGGGUUUAAUUUUCGGUAUGUAGACUUGAUCAUUUGA